GUGUAUUGCAGGUUAUGGACGCGGUUGUGGAAAUUAGAAAUUAGGUUGUCGAUAUGGAAUAUAAUUUGACAAACAGGUUUAAUUGGGGUUUCUGCAAGAGUUUCUGAUAGAUUAUAAACAGGAUAGAAAGCGGUUGAUAUUUCUGUUUGUGGAUUACGGUGGUUUUAUUCAUUCAUGUGUUGAUUUGAAGUUGAAAAAUAUGAAAAAAAGUUUGCGUAAUGGCGAUAACAGUUAACAGUAUUACAUAUAUACACAAUUAAUAGGUCCUAAUAAAAAGAGAAUCCAGAGAUUUUCGGAGUUUUUGGACAAUAAGAAGAAACAAAAGGAAGAGGCAUGCCAAGGAAUUUAUGAUACGAUGGAGUUGAAGGUGUGGGUCGAGGGUAUUCAACGCAUUGUUUGUGGUGUCACAGAAACUACCACUUGUCAGGAUGUGGUUUAUGCACUGGCACAUGCCACGGCUCAAACCGGAAGAUUCACCCUGAUUGAACGCUGGCGAACUAGCGAGAGACUUCUCGCUCCUUAUGAGAACCCUCUAAAGAUCCUGAUGAAGUGGGGAGAAUAUGCCUCGGAAGUGCAAUUAAUUCUAAGGCGAUCUACACCAGAGACGAGCAAAGCACCAGGUCCUUCGGGUACGAGAUUAGUUCAUGGAAGUCGACAAAGCGGGUUACCUAGUAGUUCAAUAGGAAAUCAGUCAGUAAGCAAUACCCUCAACGAAGAUGCUAAAUAUAGUCCAACUAUUCCAGUGCAAGAAUUUGACGAUGUACAAGACGGCCUAGAAAGAAAUCGAGACAUUAGAAAGUCAUUAACCUUCAGUGGCCUUCAUGGAAACACAUCAGAAACUACCUCUGAGGCGCCAAUGGAGAACGUUGCCAUAGUUCAACCAACACCACAACUGAAGUCCAAGGACUUGAAUGCGCGGAAAAUGUCGCAGAAAACUGCUCAAUCUCCAACGAAAACAACAGCUGCAGAAUCGAUAUACAUGUCUCAGAAAAAGAUGCGGGAAGUUCCGCCUUAUAGAGAUCCACCAGGACCUGUUUCUCCACCUUUGAGAACAUUACCUCCUUAUAGAGAUCCACCACCUCCUAAUUUAAACAGUCCUGGAAGGUCACAAUUUUUACCCAGUGCAAUGAGCAGCAGUCCGUGUUUGCAAAAAGAAGACCAGCCAUCUUCAAAUAAUCCUGCAAAGCCUAAAAGGAAUCUUAAUCAGGAAUUUCAAGAGAAUAGAAAUCAAGGUCAUGCCAUGAAUCAAGUACCUGGACAAUCACAGAACGCGGUUAGUACCGCCUAUACUCAAAGAUACGUUGAGCUUAUUAGGCUAGUCAAUAGGCAAAGGGAUACACUUAAUGCCCAGCAAGCAGAUCUUACUAAGUACGAUGCGGAAAUACUUUAUUGGGAGAACAAAAAUAGAGAACAGAUGCAUCAGAUGGACUAUAUUGCUCAGGAAGUUAGUCGCCUCGAAACCACUGGUCGCAAAAUCGAAGAUCAAUUGAAAGAACUAACUCACGUAGAAGAGGAAAGUGAAAUCGUCAAACAGCAGGAGAAAACUCUCAAAUCGGAGAUAACGCUUUUGAGGUCGAAGCUAGCAAAUUGUGAAACGGAACUCUUGCAGUGCAAAAACAAGAUUAGAUUCGUAAUGGAAGAAUUGGCAAUGGAACAACAUAAUAUAAGUCGCAAGAGUGACGAGCAGCAAAUGAUGGAACGUAAAAUGAUGAGCGAAGUUGAACAUCUUCAAAGUGAAGUGGAGCAGACGAAACGAUCAGCGGACAUGGCGACACAAUGUGCUGAGUCCCUGAAGAUGGAAGUCGUCAGUUUGGAAUCUGCGAUCGGCGAGAAGAAACUGCAGGUCGAGAGAUUAGUGGCGGAUAUGAAAGAAGCUAAUUUACAAAGCCUAACUGUUGCUUGUCAAGAUGAGCAAGUCAAACAUCUUUUAGAAGGAGCUCAACGACCUGGAAGUACUCGUAAAAUGAUAGGAUCUCCAAGACAAUUAGAAACUGCAGUGCCUACUAGUAAAAAUCCUCACGGUGUUUGGGUGUAAAUAAUCGAAUCAAAUGAUCUCCGCGAUGAAGUCCAGUAUAGUCGCUAGAAACGAAGUGCUCUUCUCACAACCCGAUAUUAAUUUGUAAAUAAUUUUAGUAAGUAUUAUUCUUAAGCGACAAGAAAUCUAAAUUAUCUUAAGACUUAACGGCGACCUAACUUAAACUUAGUUCCUUUUAACAUUAACUUAAUUUUCCCCCGCGUUCAAGGGUGAAUUUUAACAUAUCUUGCGAAAAUGUGUACUUAUCUCCUUUCUUCGAGAUUGAAAGCCUUUACAUUUCACUUGCGUAGUUUUUAAAAAUUUGACUCAUAUUUUUUUUAAUAUUAAUUUUAAAUGUUAUCUUUCCCAAAGCAUUUUUGAUCGAACGAAUCGAUUUUUAAAAAAAUAUCUAUUAUUAUAAGGAAUCCAAAUUGAUUUUGAGACUUUUACGAACAUUGCCUUUGACUAGAAUAGUCACCUUUUCUCUUUGUCCUAAAAAAUAAAUCCAAAAAGACUGAAAAUCUAUUAAACAAUGCGAAGACAAUUUUCUUAGGUGAAUAGUAUAAUUAUAUUCUACUAACAAGUACAUUUUCAUGGCAUGAGUCAAUUUUUAGAUAGUAUAUUUUAAAAAAGUAACGCGAAUGAAUGACCUCGAGUGCAAUAAGAAUUUCAUCACAUUCUUCAGUUUCAAGUCCAGUUGUAGAACUAAUCGAGGAAAAGUAAUCAAAGAAUUGUGAAUUUUUUAAUGAUGCGAGUACUUAUAUUUAUGUGUGUACCUCUGCUUCGAAUACGUACACUGCCAUUAUUGUUACUACAUUGUUACAAUUCGUAACAUUUAUAGAUUAGAGCACGUUAUUAUAUUUUUAUCUAUAUGUAUAUAAAGCGGUCAUGUCAAAGACAUUUUUUUUUAGAGACUGUAUCUGAAAUUUUAAUAUCAAAAUAUUUUCAAUCUAGAAAUCAAAAUCUUUGUGAUGCAAUUUUAAAUUUUAAAUAAAAGUUCUUAAGAUUUUUAGCGGGAGUUUCAAAGGCACCGUUUAAAAAAAUGUUAAUUAAGGAAGUGAAAUUUAAAAAAGGGACCGCAGUGUUGUAGUUAUUUAUCUCACUUUGCCAUCGUAUUUUUUAUUGACAAUCUUCUAGCCUAAUCUAUCACUUAUAUAUCUCGUAUUUACACUGAUUUACCUGUCUAAAAUAGAGUGAUAUCAUUAUACCGAAUUGAGUAAAUGAUAAUGCUGCAAUGAGUAAGAUAAUUGUGUACGUAAUUAAUUUAGAAAGAACUGAGAAAAUAUCUGCCUGUAAUUUUACUGCAUCGAGCUUAUGGCAGAUAAAAUUUUCUCAUUUUUUAGGGUUGCCACUUGGACCGUAAGCAAUUUCUAACUGAACCUUUCUAGAUUUAACAGAUUUAUUUUUCAUUGAAAGCAUCAUCAGUUUAAAUUGAAUAAUCUUGGAAUUUAAUUCUUCAAAAUUAUACAAUUUUAUUUCAAGAUUAGAAGAAACAAUUUUAGAUGGCCUUCAAUAAUUAAAACAGAUUGAAAAAUAAAAAAACUCUUUAGUCUUGAAUACACUCGUAGUAGGGUGGCCGUUAGACUGUGCAUUUUUAUUAUGUGUUUACUUUUUUUCGCUAUAAUCUUUCCAUUUUUUCUCAUUUUUGAGAAAUUAUGUACAAAUUUUAAACUUUUUCAAUUAUAAUAUCA